AUGGCCGCCCACCUCGCCGCCGUCUCCCUCGCAAAGGGCCAACCCUUUGAGCUCCAAACCCGCCCGACGCCGAAACCAGGCCCAAGCGAGCUCCUCAUCGAGGUCAAAUCCGUAGCCCUCAACCCAGCAGACGGCUACAUACGUGAUCAAGGCCUGUUCAUAUCUACCUACCCCACUGUAGUUGGCUUUGAUAUCUCGGGCUUGGUGCUUGAGGUCGGCGACAGCGUCCCAGGCUCCCUUUUCCAACCUGGGAUUACUCGCGUCGCCGCCUACGCCGGCUUUUUCUGGAAGUCUUGCCACCCCGACUAUGGCGCCUUUCAGGAGAGGUGCCUAGUUCCCUGGCAGCACGCUGCGCCUCUUCCGGAUGAGGGUAUUUCUUGGAACCAAGCGGCAACCUUGCCCGUCGCCGUUGAGGUGCCCCUUAACGCGUGGGAUAUCCUGGGGAUUUCUUCUUCUUCUUCCGCGGGUACCAGCGGAGGAACUCGGGAAAAUAGGAAGCAAAAGAGAGACGCCCUAUUAAUCUGGGGCGCCUCCUCCAGCGUAGGCACGAUGGGCGUGCAAGCCGCCCGGCUACUGCGAGAAGAUCACGACUCUUCUUUCGCCGCCGUGUAUGCCACGGCCGGCGCAGCGAAUCAAGAGUACGUAAGCUCCCUAGGCGCAGAUCGUGUUUUUGAUCACAGAGAUCCGCAUGUUGUGGAUGCGAUUGUUUCGGCGGCCAGAGAAGAUGGUCUGGUGAUCCGGCACUGUUUUCUUGCGACGGGGCAAUUGGCGCUGUGUCAAGCCGUGCUCAAGGCUUUCCUCGAGCAUAAAAGUCAAGGGGGAGAGAACCAAAAGGCAAAGAUUGCGUCGGCGCCGCCUAUUCCUCCGGAUGCAGAGGAGGUGAACGGGAUGGAAACCAUCUUUGUGCUGCCGUCGGCGAACGAAGAGGAGAGGUUGGCUCGGUUCCGGUAUUGGAUGGGGACGUGGCUGGUAGAGAACCUAGCCAAAGGAAAUAUCAGGCCGAGUCCAGAGCCAAGGGUCAUGGGAAAGGGCCUGGAAGCUAUUAAUGCUGGCUUGGAUGUGCUGCUCCGUGGGGUGAGCUGUACGAAGCUGGUUGUUGAGGUUGCCGAGUGA